ACACAUUCUACGGUAGACUGUACGCUCGCAAGUAGGAUCUCGGUAUUUUUUACCUUUGAUCAAUAAUUAAGUCAAGCCUUUACAGUUGUGCAGUCCACUUUUCAGAAAUCUGGCCAUGCUUCCUUCUGAAGUGAGCCUGGGGUAAACUCUCGGCAUCGGGUAUGCGGCCUGUGCGCUGUUCAGCCGGGCAGAAGAACAGCGUUUGGGCCGGUCUUUGACGAUGCUACACAACUGUGUCAUUCGCGAGUUUCAUAUGCAGUGUUUCACUCAUUCAUGGUGCCUUUCGUCGAUUUUUUUUGAGCUUGCGUGUCAGCAAAGUUGUGCCCCCAAUUCUUCAAUGCGGUCGAGCUCCAAUGGUACUCCGUCCGUGCGUCGGAGCGCUCAAAGCGGCGCGGUUCAGCUGCAGAAGAUACUUUAGCGAACUGCAACGGGAAAGAAUAGCUGAAAUCUGGCAUGCGCGUUUUUCUCCUUUUGCCUCCUCUCAACCGUGUACCUGGCGGCAAUUCUCUCAGCGAGCCUUCCAUGUAGCCUCGAAUGCUGCGUCUCCAGCUUAUGAAAAGUCAUCGUCGCAAACUGUCACAAUUUCUUUCGUACUUCCCGACAAUACAGAAAAGACUGUUGAGGCCAAGGUUGGAGACACCAUCCUGGAAGUUGCUCACGCGAACAACAUUGAACUUGAAGGUGCCUGUGAAGGAGCCUGCUCGUGCUCAACGUGCCACGUCAUUCUGGAACCGGAGGUCUACGAUGAGCUGCCAGAGCCGUCGGAGCAAGAGGAAGACAUGCUUGACCUGGCAGCGUGCCUGACCCCAACCUCACGACUUGGGUGUCAAAUUCAUGUCACGCCCGAUCUGAAUAACGCAAAGAUUCGUCUUCCGCAGAUAACGCGGAACUUUUACGUCGAUGGCCAUGUUCCGGCGCCCCACUGAGGGUGGCCAUAUUAAUUCACUAAUGACAGGAUCCGUUUAGCCCGGUGCUGUUUGCGCCACGAAUAAGUUAUGUGCUCUUCUGGAUGCACGUGAAGAAGGGUUUAUUUCUGAAUGGCAAACGCCACUAUUCGUCUCCCGCGUGCGCCUCUUUCAUCAUAAACCUGCUGAUUGCAAAGUAUACCACCAGGACAGAAAGGACGUAGAGAGCUGCGAGAGAUAUAAUGACUGUCGCCACCCAUCCGGGCCCUAGGACGACGAAGGCAUGUGUGGCAGGAUGCUGUUGUAAAGUCGGCGUCAUGUCUUACCUGCUCUGGUAGCAGGCAAUUGAUAGUUUAGCAUGUCGACUCCGCUUAUGACAGCGUCUCCCGCUGACUGAGAGGCUACGUAUGCAAGGUGCAUUCGUGCCUUGAGGAUGGUGGUAAAUGCCUGAUUUACGGUGUUAAAACACGAUUUCAGGGAUUUCCCCUGUUGUUGAGCCGUACCUCUGUUAUGUACUCCGGCUCUACCCCCUCUGCGAACAUUCUGUUUUUACUGUCCUUCCCGAACGCCCCGAACGCCACUAACCUCGCUUAGCAAGGGCGGCUAAAUCUCGCUUUUUGACAAAUAAGAGGAGCAUGCCGUCAUGGCAACCGCGGUUGCCGAUUCCCCACUGUCUGGAGAGUUGCCAUCGAUGACACUUGACUGCUGCACGUUAAUUUUAGUUGCCCGUCUGACCGAAGAAGUGCAUGAGCCAUUUCGUCGGCCGCCUGCUGUGGAAUCUGAUCCUCGGGCACAUAGAUAUCGUGGGCCACCGCGACCGCUGCCUGCUCCAGGGAGGUGUUCGACAAAUCUAGUCGCUCGAGGUUUUUAUGAUUGCGCUCUGUACCUGAUAAAAGUGCCUUCGGCCGUCUGGACAGUCAUGCUCUGUCGAGUCUCGAAGCUUCAUAAGCCGAGACUCGAGUGUGGACUGCUCCUGAGGUGUAAGAAGGUGGUCGGGGUCGCAUAACCAAGAGUGUGUGGCCCUGAUCAACACACGCGGCCCGUUCGUGUGACAGUGGAGAGCUGCGUGAAAGGUUCGUUACGUUGUGGAGAAGGUGCACUUCUGCGGUUCGACGAAUGGGUUGGGGAAUGAUGCGGCAUUGUAGAGAACUUCGUCUCCCCUGAAACGCAGACAGCCAUACGAAACUAUGCUCGGC